AUAUGGGUUUGGUUUCUACAUUUAUAUAUUAUGAGGCCUAAGCCUUAUUAUUACUAUACCAAGACAUGGGCGAUGAGGUAGUUUUGUUAGGUUUCUGGAUAAGUCCUUAUGGGAUGAGAGUAAGAAUAGCCCUUGCUGAAAAGGGUAUUAACUAUGAGUUCAUAGAUGAAGAUCCAAGGAGGGACAAGUCGCCCUAUCUUCAAGAAAUGAACCCGGUUUACAAGAAAAUUCCGGUUCUAAUCCAUAAUGGCAAACCUAUUUGUGAGUCACUUGUUAUAGUUGAGUACAUUGAUGAGGUUUGGAAUGAUAGAUCUCCUUUGUUGCCUUCUGAUCCUUAUCAGAGAUCACAAGCUAGAUUUUGGGCCGACUAUGUUGAUAAGAAGAUAUAUGAAGCUGGGAGGAAAGUUUAUAGGACAAAAGAAGGAGAAGAACAAGAAGCUGCCAAGAAGGAAUUUUUGGAUAUGCUCAAACUGUUAGAGAAACAGCUGGGAGACAAGGUUUAUUUUGGAGGAGAUAGAUUUGGUUUGGUAGAUAUAGCCCUUGUUCCAUUUUACAGCUGGUUUGAAGCCUAUGAGAAGUUAGGAAACCUCAAUAUUGAGAUUGAAUGCCCCAAACUUGUUGCUUGGGCUAAGAGAUGCAUGCAAAUUGAGAGUGUUUCUAAGUCUCUUCCUAGCCAGCAUAAGGUCUACGAGUUCAUUGCAGACAUCAUAAAGAAGUACUGAGGACUACAAUGAAGUAUGUACUUGUCUUUUGUAAUUGUUUGCUUCACCUUUCUUAUGAAAUAAUUAUGUGUAAAAGGCACUUAGAAGUGCUAAAUGUUAUACUUUGAUCAAGAGAGGCACUUAGAUGUGCUAAACUUUAUGCUUUGAUCAAGAGAGGUUUUGAAUAAGUUAUGAUGUAUUUUGAUGUGUUUUCUUAAUGAAAAAAUUAUGA